GGGCCGAAAAAUGCAAACCCAAUUCGCAAAAAGUAUCAACUUUCUUGGUAAACCCUCCUCCGCGGCCACCACAUCUGCCUUCCUCGGGUUCCUCAAAACCCUGACUACUGCUGCUGAACAUGGAAGCGGCAAAGCCACAAGGGUCGGUGGCGGUGGCAGUGGUGGCGGAGGGGGGAGGGGUAUACCCAACAAUGAUGACUAUUUCGCAGUUAUCCACCACAUAUCCAACAUAGUCCGGCGUGACAUCUACUUGGAGCGAACCCUAAACAAGAUGCGGCUAUCCGCCGCGGUUGUCAACUCGGAGCUCGUCUACCGCGUCCUCCGCAACUGCUGCAACUGCGGUUCCGAGUCCUUCCGGUUCUUCAACUGGGUUCGCACCCAACACCCUUCGUACGACCCGACCACCGCUGAAUUCGACGAGCUCCUCCGCACCUUGGCACGAACCCGGCACUGGGAAACCAUGUGGAAAGUCGCCCAGGAAAUGAAAACCACCCAUAAGCUCCCUCUCUCACCUGAUCUUGUCUCGUUCAUCAUCCAACAGUAUGGAAACCACGGCCUCAUCGACCAAGCCCUUGAGCUGUUCAAUAAGACUGCCAAAGCCUUUGAUUGCCCCCAAACCUCGCAAAUCUACAACUCCCUCCUGUUUGCGCUCUGCCAAGUCAAGAAUUUUCAGGGAGCAUAUGCUCUGAUUCGAAGGAUGAUCCGAAAAGGCGUUAAGCCUGAUAAGAGCACGUACUCGAUUCUCGUUAAUGGGUGGUGCUCGGCCGGGAAGAUGAGGGAGGCACAACAGUUCUUGGAGGAGAUGAGUCGAAAGGGUUUCAAUCCUCCAGUUCGGGGACGUGAUCUUCUCAUCGAUGGGUUGCUAAAUGCGGGUUAUCUUGAAGCAGCUAAAGAGUUAGUCAGGAAGAUGACUAAAGAGGGUUUUGUGCCAGACAUUGAAACCUUCAAUUCUUUAGCGGAAGCUCUGCUAAAAUCUGGUGAGGUCGACUUUUGCAUUGACUUAUACCACAGUGUGUGCGGAUUGGGUCUUUGUCCAAAAACUGACACUUACAAAAUUAUGAUAACUGCUGCUUCAAAAGUGGGUAGGGUCGAUGAGGCUUUUGGGAUUCUCCAUCGUUCCAUGGAAGCUGGGCAAAAGCCAUUUCCUAGUCUGUAUGCCCCGAUUCUCAAGGCACUUUGUAGGAAAGGCCAAUUUGAUGAUGCAUUCUGUUUUUUCAGUGACAUGAAGGUAAAGGGUGGAUCGCCCAAUAGGCCUAUCUAUACCAUGUUGAUAACAUGGUGCGGUCGUGGAGGUAGAUUUCUAGAGGCAGCAAAUUAUCUGAUGGAGAUGACAGAGUUUAAUUUGUCACCCAUGUCGCGAACAUUUGAUAUGGUUACUGAUGGGUUGAAGAAUUGUGGGAAACAUGACCUAGCUAAGAAGAUUGAGCAACUGGAAAUCUCUCUCCGGGGUGUUUGAAGCCUUCAAACUGUCUGCUGGAACAACCGAACAUACAUUGUGAGACUUGAGAGUUAUGGACGCAGAAGAUGAAGUGCAGAAGGUUUUUUGCUGGACUGGUCAAAUUGGCAAUCUUGUGCUUCCAGUACUCUGGCACAUCCUACAUUUUGUCAUCAGCAUAUGGUACUGUGCACAAUGUAUAGCUCAUGUGAUCGAAAGCUAUUUCAUUUCUAGUGGUUUAAUGAAGGGGUACAAAUCCCUUAAUUUGGAUAGACUACAGUACCUGGCGGUGGUUGUUGACAGUGAAGAAGUUCACCAGACUUCAAAAGUUAUUGAACUUCUACAUUGGCUCUCCGCUAUUGGUGUGAAGAAUGUCUGCCUAUAUGAUGCUGAAGGAGUGCUGAAGAAAUCCAAGGAAGCCAUACUGGAGAGAUUAGAUGUUGCAAAAUUGUCCAAGGGAACUAUAAAAAAUGAUCCACUACUUGACCAGAAGCAUAUAAAUUUGGAAUUUGCUUCCUACUCUGAUGGGAAGGAAGCAGUAGCCAAAUCGGCUAAUUUACUGUUUGUGAAGUACUACUUGGGCAGAGAUCAAAAGGUGCCAAUCUUCAUAGAAUCCGACAUGACUGAGGCCCUAAAAACUGUUGGUUCUGGAGGACCAGACCCUGAUCUUCUUUUAGUUUACGGGCCUGCAAGAUGCCACCUGGGCUUCCCCGCAUGGCGAAUCCGGUACACUGAGAUUGUACACAUGGGACCAUUGAAGUCCAUGAAAUAUGGUUCCCUGGUUAAAGCCAUGCAGAAAUUCAUAAUGGUGCGCCAAAAUUACGGUAAAUGAGUAAUCACAUUUGGAGGAGUUUAAACUUGGUAUAAUCCUUCAUCCUUCACAGAUGCAUCAAUUCUGGGGAAAUAUUUUUACUCCAAACAUUUACCAUGUAAAAAGUUGGUUAUUUCAAACUGUUUAUGGUGAACAGGUUGUACUUUAUAGCCUAUAAUGUUAGCUUCUAGAUGCUACAAUA